CCCCUUUGAUGAGCAAAGUAGGGCACAUUAAGGUGUAUUGCCACCUGAUAGUUAAUAAUAUUAAAUAUUUCUUAACUUAUCACUUUCAGUUCUACAAUUGUCCAGCAAUGUACCAUGAACGUCAAAGACUCCAAUUCUGUGCUUUACAUGUCUUGAACAACUUAUUUCAAGCUGAAGUUUUUUCAAAACCUGAACUUGAUGAUAUUUGCUAUUCCUUGAAUCCAGAUGCCACAAUAAAUCCACACAAAAGCAUGUUUGGAUGGGGAAAUUAUGAUGUGAACGUUUUGACAAUGGCAUUACAACUUAAAGAUUAUCAGUUUAUAUGGUUUGACAAAAGGAAGUAGGUAUAUAAUAUAUAUGGUUGUGCCUGGGUGCUUAUUUUAUAGUUGAGGUACUUUUGUCUUCUAAUGUGUCACUAGUCUACAAUUUAAUUACUUUCUUGUCUUAUUUGCCUUACAGAGAUCUAAAUUUGCUGGAUCUUGCCACUAUUUAUGGCAUUGUUAUAAACAAGUUUUACAAACCAAAAUGCCUCGGGUUAGAAAUUCCAAUAAAGAGACGACACUGGCUGGCAGUUCGCAAAAUAGACGAGAACUUCUAUAACUUGGAUUCAAAACUUGAUGUUCCAGAAUAUAUUGGAAAUGAUGAACAUUUGAUCAAGUUUUUGAAAUUCGAACUUGCAGUUUCGACAACUGAAUUGUUUAUAGUCGUAUCAAAUUCAGUACCUGAAGAUAGUUGGAUGAAAGUUGAUGCUGGAUAAUGUUUUAGUUUAAAUAAUAUCUUCAGGAAAAACUCCACCAGACAAUUCGAGUAUAUACUGUUAGGGCUGACGGGUGUUAGCCUGCCAGCUACUUCCUUUAAUACUGUGCAUCCAUCUUGCUUUCUUUUGUGAUUUGUGGCUAUAAAGUAUGCCAGAUUUUGGCAAACAUAGCCACGGUUUGUGACCAUAAACUACACCCGAAUCCUUAUAGCCAUGGUUUCUGGCUAUAAAGCAUGUCUGUUUUUGGCAUACCUUAUUUUGAGGGCAGCUGCCUUUCUCACCACAGCCGAAAGCCCUGAUGCUUGUUACAAAUGCAGACAUUCCAACUACUCGAGGUAAAAUUUAGGAGACUGUUCAGUAAAUUGAAAUCUUGUUCUUCUGUGAAAAAAUUUUAAAAAUUAAGUCUUCUGAAAUGGCAUUUCCUGCAUUUUGGGAAGAUGUUGUUAUAAGUGAUCCUAUAAAUUGCCAUAAAGUAACUUCAUAAAAAGGUCAAAACAGACUAUUAUGUUGCUAAAAACAGUAUGUUUAUGAUUUUUUUACGAUAUUUCCUGAAUAUUCUGAAAAAUCGGGAGAAUUUGAUAAAAAUCAGGAGACCAGGAGAUUGUAUGAAUUUUCGGGAGACUCCCGGUAAAAUCGGGAGAGUUGGAAUGUCUGCAAAUGUUGAAGCUUCAUGUGAGAAUAGAGAAACAACUCAACAAGUUACAUACAGAGUUAAAUACUUAUAUCAUUUUAUUUAACAUUGAGAGUAUUGACAAAAACCUUUUGCAAAGAACACAUCACAGGUUUUACUGCUCAUAAUAAUGUGGACGACAAAUAUUGUCAGUUGGCUAUAUCAUCAGAUGUUAAGCCUGAAUAUAAGAGGCCAGAUACUGUCCAACAAGAAAGAGGCAAAUGUCCAGCAAAAUGCUUUUCUUGCCAGACAGUAUAAUUAUAAGUGACAGUUACUAUAUUAUAUCAUGAUAUUUGUGAUGUCUGGCACUAAGUUGACUUGGUUCAAGUCUGUCUCAGGAGAAAAGUAGGGAGAGACGGACUUGGGACAUUUGCAGCAUUUUGAAUGUACUUGCAAAAAUUGGCGUUGUCAACUUGCAAGCCACGCCUCCAUAGGAGGCGUGCAUGCAAAUGUCCCAAGUCCAUCUCUGCCUACUUUUCUCUCAUAUUUUUGCGCCUUUUUUCACCGCUCACGUGCAUCGCUGUUUUCAACCCCUUGAAAGAUGGACUCGAACCAAGUCUAGCAUUAAGUGAGAAGUGUUGGGCACCACCCAAUGCAUCCAUUGAUUCUAGUAGAUCAUAAAUUGGCCAGGUAAUUUACUGUGUGUAAACAGCAUGAAUUUAAGUUAAAUAUACAGUCUUAAAAUGUUUAUUAGUUUGAUGUAAAACCAGUAGUAAUCUUUGCAGACUUCUGUGUUAUCUAAAUUCAAAGAUAGAUUGACUGUGGUCGGGGACAUGGUGUAGAUUUAACGUCUGGAACCUGCAAGAAAAAGUAUAGAAUACAGUAUUUAGACAGGAUCAUUAUAUGGUCUGUACAGUCUUUAUAAUUUGCCGCAGCAAUUGCCGAAGCAUAUUGAGAAUGUUCUUAUCUGGCUCAGCCAAAAAUCCUCAAUUUUGUCAAGGCAAAAAUACGAUAAUCACAAGCAUUGCUACUUAGUGGGUUAAAUUACCUCUCUUUCAUACAGAAUGUUACAGUAAGAAAAUGUUACAAACGUGUCAUCUUACCAUUCUGACGUUUUGUGAUAAUAGUAGCCUUCCAUAGUGGCUGUAGAUUUUUGAAAGCAUAUAUAAUAAAAUCCAGCAAACGAUGCUCCAUUUAUGUCUUUUAUCGUGUGAUCUGGAACUAAAAAGUGUUCCUA